UGAUCUACUAGUGAUCAGCUUUUGGCUUCUGGCUGCAAUCAAAAUACAUAAGAGAAGAAAACUCUAUUUUGCUUGAAAACAUAAGGUGAUCUGUGCUUAAAAAUUAUUGGUUCUCAGUCCAAGGCUAAUAUAAAAGAUCGCUAAAGUAGUGGUUAAUCUAAGUGAAAAGAAAAUCAGUUUCAGUAAUUUUGGUCUUGUAUUGUUUGGUUCAUGUUUCAACCAAACAACAUGAGAAAAACAAGAUCUCUUAACUUCCUUUAAUUAAAUUAUGGGAGAUCAUCAGUGGUUUUAUAAUAAUAGUGCACAUUAUCAGUCAACAGGAAUAUCGGAAUAUAAUAAUCAGUAUCAGACGAAUGCCUCUGUCCAGUACAAUCAGUGGAAUCAGUCUCAAAAUACUUCAACAUUUGUUCCAUACCCUCCUGUGCCAUCUUAUCCUCCACCAGUAGCUGGUCCUUAUAACGUUCCACCACCAAAUAUUGCCCCUCAAUCUAAUUUUGGAUAUUGUUAUAAUUACCCUUCUCAUCAACCAGUUAACCAAAAUCAAUAUUGGCCAAACGAUUAUACCAAGGAGCUGGAAAACUACAAAUAUAUUAAAUCUAAAAUUGGAGAAAGCUGUACUGAAAAUAAAAUAAAAGAAAGAAGAUCACGAUCGUCCUCUCCUAAAGUCUCUACAGUUUCUGGAAGGUCUAAUAGUAAGGACAGUGUUUCAAAAAGACCUAGAUAUGAUAAUUAUAGAAGUUACUCUGAUAGGAGAAGUUAUCGAGACAGAAGCCGAGAAAAAUCGAGAGACAGAGACCGUAAAAGGGAUAGAAGCGCAGAUAGAAAAAAUAAACCUAGUAGCAGCUACAGUAUUUCAAAAGUAGAUAAAUGGAGUCCUAAGGGAAAAGGAAAACCAGAAAUAUCUGAAAGAGAAGAGAUAUUAUCAAAAUGGAGAAAGAACUACUGUUCAACAGAAAGGCAAAUAACAGACAAACUCGAAGAACUUGCUACUAUGACAACAGAAGAUAUUUUAGAAAAAGAAAAAAGUAUUUGGACAAGAACAACACCUGCUGAACUAUACUAUAUGAGAGAUGAGAAUAAUCCUAAAAUUAUCCGAGCUACUCCUAAAUUAAUGCAAAUAACAGAAAAAUUUUAUGAAACGUUGGUAUUAAGAGCGUCUAGGGUAAAUGCAUUGAAACCAAAAUAUGAACCCCCACCUAGAAAAAACAGAGCAAGACUAUGCAAACAUAAAACUGAAGUAUCUAGUAGCUCUGAUAGUUCUGAAGAAGAAUUAACUGACGAAGAAGACUGCACUAUGGAAGAACUGCAAAGGAAACAGCAGCAUCCUGAUAGAUUACAUCCCGAAAUGUGGUUUAACGAGCCUGGUGAAAUGAAUGAUGGACCUUUAUGCAGAUGUUCAAUAAAAUCAAGAAAGUCGGGCAUACGCCAUGGAAUAUAUCCUGGAGAAAUUCCACUGCAAAAAUGUGAUUUAUAUAGUAAUAAUGCUGAUAAAUUGUAUCAUUAUCGGAUAACUAUAUCACCUCCAACUAAUUUCCUUAUUAAGACGCCAACUAUUAUUCAGUACGAUGAACACGAGUUUAUUUUUGAAGGCUUUUCGAUGUUUUCACAUUUUCCAUUGGAAAAACUGCCUACUUGCAAAGUUAUUCGAUUCAACAUCGAAUAUACUAUUCUGUACAUUGAAGAGAAAAUUCCUGAGAACUUUACCGUGCAAGAAUUGGAUUUAUUUAAUGAAUUUCUAUUUAAAGAAAUAUUGGAAUUAGUUGAUUUGGAUUUCAAGGCUGCAAGUGAUAAAAAUGGUUGUGCCCAGUAUCAUUUCAUGCCUAGGUUUGUAAGGGAAUUGCCUGAAAACGGAAAAGAAAUUUUAUGCAUGGAGGAAGUACUUCAGUAUUUAUUAAACAGUUCAAAACCAUUAAUCGAAAAGUCUGAACUUGAAAAUAUGGUUAAAAUGACUCAAUACGAAUGGCAAAGUUAUGCCGAUGAAAUUAAGGGUAUGGUUGUAACUUAUCCUGGGAAAAAGCCUUGCUCGGUAAGAGUGGAUCAACUGGAUCGGAAUAUUGAUUUUCAGAAAGAAGGCGACUAUAAAUUUCCAGAAAUUGUGCAUUUUGGUAUUCGUCCACCUCAACUAAGCUACGCCGGUAAUCCAGAGUACCAAAAAGCUUGGAGGGAUUAUGUUAAAUUUAGGCAUUUACUAGCAAAUAUGUCUAAACCUACAUUUGAAGAUAAGAGAAAAUUAGAAGCAAAAGAAAACAAGUUGCAGGAAAUGAGAACGCAAGGAAAAAUGAAAAGAGAUGUUACAGUAGCGGUUUCAUCGGAAGGCUUUUACAGAACCGGAAUUAUGUGUGAUAUUAUUCAACAUGCUAUGUUACUUCCUGUCCUUGUUUGUCAUUUACGUUUCCAUUACUCCCUCAAUGUUCUCGAGGAAUGCAUAAGUUAUAAAUUCAAGAAUCGUGCACUGUUGCAACUGGCAUUAACGCAUCCGUCAUAUCGUGAAAAUUUUGGAACAAACCCGGAUCAUGCUAGGAACAGUUUGACCAAUUGCGGAAUACGUCAGCCUGAAUAUGGAGAUAGAAGGAUACAUUAUAUGAACACCAGGAAGAGGGGUAUUAACACGCUAAUAAAUAUCAUGUCCCGUUUUGGUAAACAACAAGAAACAGAAUCAAACAUAACUCAUAAUGAACGAUUGGAAUUCCUGGGAGAUGCUGUAGUAGAAUUUCUUUCUUCUAUUCAUCUGUUCUAUUCAUUUCCUGAUCUAGAAGAAGGUGGCUUAGCAACAUACAGAGCAGCAAUUGUUCAGAACCAGCAUCUUGCAGUCCUGGCCCGUACUUUAAAAUUAGAUCAGUUCAUGCUUUACGCCCACGGUUCCGAUUUGUGUCACGACUUGGAACUGAGACAUGCAAUGGCGAAUUGUUUUGAGGCAUUAAUGGGCUCCCUAUUUUUGGAUGGAGGAAUUGAGGUUGCUGAUAAAGUAUUUUCUGCGACUUUGUUUAACAAACAAGAUUCGGAAUUGUACGAGAUAUGGGUAAAUCUUCCACCGCAUCCACUUCAGGAACAAGAACCUUUGGGAGAUCGGCAAUGGAUAGAUAAAUUUGAGUUGCUCCAAAACCUAGUGAAAUUCGAACAGUCCAUAAAUGUGGAAUUUAAACACAUCAGACUUUUGGCUAGAGCCUUCACCGAUAGAAGUGUGGGUUAUACUAAUUUAACCAUGGGAUCUAACCAGCGGCUGGAAUUUUUAGGAGACACAGUUUUGCAGCUUAUCGCCUCCGAAUAUUUAUAUAAAUAUUUCCCUGAACAUCAUGAAGGACAUUUAUCAUUGUUAAGAAGUUCCUUGGUAAACAACAGAACACAGGCUGUAGUCUGUGAUGAUCUUGGUAUGGCAAAAUAUGCCGUUUAUAACAAUCCUAAAGCUGAAUUAAAAACUAAGGAUCGUGCAGAUUUGCUCGAAGCAUUUAUUGGUGCCUUGUACGUAGAUCAGGGAAUGGAAUAUUGCGAAGUAUUUUGUCAAGUAACUCUAUUUCCGAGACUGCAAGACUUUAUAAUGAACCAAGACUGGAAUGAUCCAAAAUCAAAAUUGCAGCAAUGUUGUCUCACUCUUCGUACAAUGGAUGGGGGUGAACCCGAUAUUCCAGUAUAUAAGGUGAUUGAGUGCAAAGGACCAACAAACACUAGAGUGUACACAGUUGCAGUAUAUUUUCGGGGAAGAAGAUUAGCCAGUGCUAUGGGACACAGCAUACAGCAGGCAGAGAUGAAUGCUGCGAAAAAAGCUCUAGAAAUAUCACAAGAUCUUUUUCCGCAACUGGAUCACCAAAAAAGAGUGAUCGCCAAGAGCAUGAAAAAACAAAGGAAAAGGGGAAAGAGUGUAUCUCGAUCCAGAAGCAUACCCUCGGUUACAAAAUCACCAAAGAGUUAUUCCCGGAGUAGAUUUAGACGUUCAAGGUCUAGAACUCGAUCGACGAGUCGUGAGAAGAAAUCAAGAAGUAAAACACCAAGCACGUCUAAGAAAAAGUUGAGUUCGCCUAAAGAUACCCGAAAAGAUAGUUCGGAGGUGGAAGUCAGCUCGUCUGACAGUGAGGCUAAAUCGGAGGUAGAGAAUGAAAAGUAGUAAUCUUUUUAUCUAUUUUUUCUUAUCGUUUGGCAUAGUUUAGUCAUACAAAAUGUUCUUAAAUAAGUAGUAGCACUUGUGAUGUGCAUACAGCACACAAUAAUAAUGAUUAUUAUAUUAAUUAAUUCACGCACGACAUAUUCUGCUGGACACAAUAUGUCCCUGAAGCUUUUUAAGUGCAAUUAGUUAGGUAUACCUUUUGACAAUAGAAUAACUGGUCAUUAUACAUAAGUCUUUUACUACAAACUUGACAGUAUUUGAAUUAACUACUUUUAAGGCCUGCGAAUACAAACGCGGUAGCGAUGGCGGUGGCGGUAGCGGUGGCGUUAUUCGAAUUUAAAUAUACCGCUCGUACCGCCACAUGUAUGUUUUGACCCGUUUGUUUCUAUGUGUUACAUUCAAACGCCACCGCUUACCUUACCGCAUAUGUAUGUGCAGGCCUUUAGUUAAUUCGGAACACAGUACACAAAUCAUUUUUAAAUAUUGUGAUAGAAUUUUUGGGUGUAAAAAAAUAUAUUUUAUUAAUUUGCAACAUAGAGUUCUAUAAUUAACCCUAUGAUAAUUAAGCGAUAAAUUCAAAAAUAAUUUGUUUAUUUAUUUAUUUUUUUGAAAAUUAUGUUUAAUUGUUAUAAAUAUGAAUUGGUAUAUUACUUAAUUUAAUUUAAUUUUAUUCAUUUGAUUGUAAUUUAUGAAAAGGAAAUACAAUAUAAUAUCAUGAAAGCUCGUCAUAUUUUGGUGUAUAGCCCUAUUGUUUGUUGCUUUUUACUAUAUUAACAUUAUUCUUAAAAACAAUAUAGGUAAAUAUAUAAAA